AUGUUAAACAAACAGGCACAAAAUGCUGGUGAAGGCGGGUUAUCGUUUGUUUUGUUUAGGCAGGAUCGUACACUCCACGCGUCCUGCCUAAACAAAACAAACGAUAUUUUAGUGUGAUUGUCUCGCAACACUCUUUGAUUCAAUACGCACUUGGAGCACAGUACACAUCUAAGCGGUAUAAAAUGAAUUUAUUGGGGCUUAUAAGAGCAAGUUAAACGAGACAUGAAAUCUCACUCUCUAAGUAUACUAUCUAGCGACAAUCCGAAAGUCAAGUAUGAAGGAUUGUGCUAUUCCCACAUCAGAAACAAAAUCAGAGUGUACUAUGGGUACAGUGCUCAAACAGGCUCUUGAGGUCGCCACUGCUAACACUGCGGUAAUUGCGCGAGUGACAGGGAAGGAAGAUGUGAAAACUCUGAUGUACCAAUUCGACUUCGACGCACCAGGGAAGUACACCGUUCAAGAAGCGGAGGUAAUGAUUCAUGUUCCAGAGUACUUGGAAUCUUUCGAGCAUGCACAAGACAUGGAGAUGUGCGCCUUCACGGAUCUUUUCAACUACAAGAUUGAUUUCGAAGCCUGUAAAAAUUGGAACGAUAUCGUCAAUCUCUAUUCGGAUUUCCAAGCUGGAAAUGCUUCGAGAAACUCCUGUGGCUCUCGGUAUCGCGAACAAACUGCUGCAAAAUUUACUGAAGAUCCAACCAGUUGUGAAGUCGGUCGAGUUCGCCCUCCUUGAAUCCCAUGCGCAUUCUCAGCUUACCAGUCUUCAAGAGGGUAUUGACAAACUGAACAAACAGACACAAAAAAUGCUGGUGAAAGCGGAUGGCUCAUACGGAUCUGAAAAAGGAUUUCUAUUUUCCAGUAUUGUGAAGAGAAACGUACACAAGAGGAUACUGAAAUCCUGGUUCGGACACGCGGGCAGUACACCGAUUUAUCGGGCAACACGGGAUGGAUGGGACUUGAGUCAAUUCAACGCAAAAUGCAGUCAGGCUGGUCCUACAGUUCAACGCAAAAUGCAGUCAGGCUGGUCCUACAGUUGUGCUGAGAAAGACGACUCCGGUUGCAUUUUCGGCGGUUUCUGUUGUUCUUGGGCAACCCCUGAUAAUCAGCCGUACUUGGGUAAAGCAGCAAUCUUUAUGUGACGGAAAAACCUGUUACGGCGGUUAUGGGUGGUAUAGAACCCUCCAUACGCCGAUCUCUCAAUUCAAAUGGGGCAAUGACAUUAUCGUGAAGGGUCAAGUUUGCACAAUCCAGUUUCCCCAGGCGUAUGUAGACACAUCUGGCCAGGGCUUUCGUGUAAUCUGUUUCUCUCAAAAUUGAACCCUGAACGAGAUCGAGGUAUUCGCAAUGACUGAAUAGGGCUCGACCCUAUAUCCAUAGGAAUGAUCUCUAAUGACGACUGAAAGAAAUGGAAACUGUAAGACUUAUCAUACGGAAUACUGUAUACUGUUCCCGAAAUACCUUACAAUAUGCCAAUAUGCUACGGAAUGCUCAAAUUCACUUGUUCCAUUUCGACUCCCAUAAAGCAUGAAAAUUGCAAUAGCAACAACCACUAAGGCUGGUACUCCGUUUGUUUGUUCUCCCAUCCAUGUGAGUGGAGAAGUUAGCAGCCGUGUACAGUAUUUCAACUUAACUAUAGCAAUGAGUACGUAGUGCGAUACAAGCAAUAUCAUAAUGCUGACGUAUUCCUCUGUGCGAUACAAAUCAUGUUUAUAGCGCACGAAUGCCUUAACUUCUUCACUGUUCAAUUAAACAAUACAACGUUGUUAAAUGUGAUAUCUGAGACCCGUCUUGUGCGGAUCGAAUGCCACCCCAAGCGCUGAGAGUUUUCAUGGCACCCCAUCCACCCGCG